GCCAAAAAGAAUUGACAAGAAAAGAUAAUCAAACUCUAUUUCUUGCAGACAACAACAUACAAACUCAUCAUCAAGCAAUCAAUAUAAAACAUGGGUGGCGAUGGAGUCUCUGGUUUUCCAAUUGUUGAUGAAGAUUGCUUGGUACUCCAAAAUGGCGAUCCUCUUCUCAGCAGGAAAGUUGAAGAUACAAGUUAUGGAUUGGUGUUUGGAGAAGUUGAAGAAGUGGAUGGUACAGUUUCUCCAUUUUCAUUGGAAUUUGAAGCUAAUAAGAGACAGAGUUGCAAAGCUCUUAAGGAAAUGUUGCUGAGCUAUGAUGAGUUACAGGGGAGAGUUCAUAGCUUGAAUGAGGCUAAGACUAAAAUCUUGAGUUAUACACCGGGCGGAUGGAUGGAGAAGGUAGGUGGUAUGGAAUUAAGUAGCUAUAAAGUGCCUAAAACUACUACUCUCUUACUGGUUGGUCCAAAGGGGUCUGGAAAAAGCAGUCUAGUUAACAGAAUAUCGAAGGUGUUUGAAGAUGAUAAGUUUGCACCCGAAAGAGCACAAGUAUCAUAUAACUAUUCUGCAGGAGAUGGAACCUACUUUCUUCAGGAGUAUAGAGUCCCUAGAGGCUCGGCUUCUUUCUGUCUUUAUGACACUCGUGGUUUGUCAGAUGACUCUGCUUAUAACUCUGAAAUGCUUAAAGAUUGGAUGACAAAAGGUGUCUGUCACGGGGAACUAAUAAUCAGAUCAUGCGAUAAUUCAAGUUUAAGGGAAAGAAUGCAUUGCAAAGCACGUGGGAAUGGUGGUCGAUCCAGUGAGAUCAGGAUGGUUAACUUUGUAAUAUAUGUUGUUAGCGGGCUUGAAGUUUUGAAAUCCAUGGACAGUAAAACUGAAGAACAUAAUGGAUAUGCACAGAUGAUUGCUACAACUUUCAAUUGUCCGUACCUGUCAUUUAAAGAUGCUAGACCUGUUGUGGUUGUCACACAUGGUGAUCUACUUUCGCUUCCUGACCGUGCUCGCGUCCGCAUGCAGUUGGGAGAGCUACUCGGUGUUCCACCUACAAAACAAAUCUUUGACAUUCCAGAAAGCUGUGAUCCUUUGACUGAGUUAACGAUCAUCGACAUGCUGCGUUAUUCCCUUGAGCAUGCUGAUAAAAACUUGGCUCACAAGGACUGGGUUGCAGAAAAGGUUCAUAGAAGCAGAAGAUCAUCUGCAUGUGUAUAUCUAAUCAUAAUCCUUGGAAUUGCCAUUAUAUUAAUCAACCGACAAGCUGUACGCAUUCGUCGUGCCCCUGAACCAGAACCAGAAGAUAGUAUAGAAUGGCAUACUAUAAGGCACAUAUGGUCGGAGUAGAAUUAACUGCAGAUAUCUGGUUUAGUGCAUUUCAGAGAAAUGUGAAUAGUUUUUGUACAUAAGUGACUUUUUAUACAAUCUACAAAGCCAUUGCACAUGUAUAUAACGUUGUAAACA